AGAUUUAUCGCAAAGACCCCUUUGAUAAACUGUAACCCGAUCGUUUCAUUUUCUAAUGCAAGUAAUAAUUUUGAUUUUCAUCUUGAAUACGGAUUCUGAUUCUUGAUCUUGAUUCAACGAAGUGGAAGAACAACAGAGAGCACGAUGUUGCCGUCUUUUGCUCGUGCUGUCUCUCGUCUUGGGGAGGCCGGCUGUCCUUCCUCUGCCUCGUCAGCGCUUGGCACAAUAUCAUCUUCUUGUUCUACUCGAUUAAGUGGCUCAGGAGCGGCAAUAUUCGCUUUCCAGAGAUACGAUACGAGGGGACCGAAGUGCGUCCUGCCAAAAGACAUGAUUCAGACUUGGAAACUAGCACCGGGGGACGAUGUCAAGGUCCUUUCGGGGAAGGAUAAAUCGAAAGAAGGCGUUGUUCUCGCUGUGGACAAAAGGAGAAAUAUGGUCAAGGUAUUUUUAAUUUUCUUCGUCUGAUUUGGGUCAGAUGUUAUCAAUUGAUAUGGCCCAAUUCCAGCAGUUCUUGAGGUGGCCAAUACGCUUCCACUAUCUAAAUGACCUCACCAGGUGAAAGGUUGCAAUAUGCAGACGUUGAAAAAUGACCCCUCACCAGGUGAAAGGUUGCAAUAUGCAGACGUUGAAAGAUAAGGAAGGCAAGAAGGUUCGAGUAGAACGAAAGAUUCACUAUUCCAACAUCAACUUGCUGGAUCCAGUAACAAGGGAAGCAACGCGAGUGGGCCUCCAUUUUCAGCCGGAUGGAGCGAUAUUUUAUGAUAGGAUGCUGAAUGCUGUGUAUGUGUUACUGUUAGUAAGUUUCGUGAGUAAAAAAUUGUUUCUGAUAGUAAGUUUCGUGAGUAAAAAAUGAUUAAUUUUUCCUUGUGGUGUUAGAACUGUCUGAGUCUGUUAGUAACUUGCGUUUCGCAAGUAGACACUAAUAGCUACAGAAGAUGUACCAUGACAGGACAUCACAAAUGAUAAAUUGCUUCCGGUUCAUCUCCAUUAGAACGUUGAUCAUGAGCAACCAGGAAAAGAAGCCUAACUGACACGCUGUGAAACUACUCAGCGUGAGAAAAGUCCCCUCAAAAUUCAUCUAAUUCCCACGCGUGAGCAAGAAGAGCGGACAAGUAAUACCAUGGCCAGAGCGACAAUUUAAGCGGUUCGAUACCGAGAUGCAGGUGACACAUGAGAAAGUUAUGCUGGGAUCAUUUGAGUGACUUAGACUUAAAAUACGUAAGGAUCUGUAGAUACCUACAACUCAUGCUACCAGCUGUUCCAACUUCGGAUUAUUAUGAGAUAUCGACAACUUCUUGUACAGCAAGUAGAAUUUCCAGUUUCACAUAGGUUACACUUCCACUACAUCAAAUUCAUGAUCAAGAGGAAAACUCUAACAACGACACGGAGCCUGCAGAUGCCUUGGAGAAGACGUACUGCUAUCAUCGCGAUGUCCAAGCGUCGCGACUGGCGAGACAGUCCAUGACGAAAUACAAUCAUGACACCUAACGAUUUGAGGAUAGAUGAAAAUUGAAUUACUGAGAUGACUGGAUUUUGGCGGAACACUAGGAUUGUUGCAACGAAUUAUGAGUUAUGACUGUCACACACGCAUACAGCUAGACCAUAAG